UUUAUUUUUGUAAUGAUAGAUUGCUUGAAUUUUAAUCAGGCUUAUAUAAUUUCACACGAAGAAUUCGGUCUGGGGUUUUGACACGGACACUGACAUGAACAUUUCCUAAGACGUUGUCACCAGAAAUCCCCCUUGCGCGUUCAGUCAGACGUGGUUUUCCAGCUGCAGACGGUUUUAUGUUGAGGUUCGGAGGCGCCCUCCUAUCCAACCAAGUCUGUAGUGGAGAGAAGUUUAGCAACUCAGCGCGCUGAGAGAAGCGAGUCCCAUUUUCCGUUGGCAGGAGAGCUGAAGCUCACUAGCCGUGCCGAACAGAGCCGAGCAAACACGGAGGAGACAGGAGAGCAGAGGAGAACUGGCCCUGGUGCUCUUGACUUUUUCCGGUGCCCGCUGGCUGUCUGCUAACCCAUAGUCUGUUGUGAUGCGCAUUCCCGUAGAUCCCAGCGCCACGCGGAGGUUUAGCCCGCCGUCCAGUAGCCUCCAGCCGGUCCCGGGCAAGAUGAACGAGCUCAACACGCCGUCCGGGACCGGCCAGCAGGACAGCACGGUGCCAAGGCUGCGCCUGCAGGAGAACCGCAGCAUGGCAGAGAUCAUAGCGGACCACCCGGCGGAACUGGUCCGGACUGACAGCCCCAACUUCCUCUGCUCGGUGUUACCGUCUCACUGGCGCUGCAACAAGACGCUCCCCGUCGCCUUUAAAGUUGUGGCAUUGGGAGAGGUGACUGAUGGGACGGUCGUCACGGUGAUGGCAGGAAACGAUGAGAACUACGCGACGCGGAACGCAUCUGGGGUGCUGAAGAACCAGGUGGCUCGCUUCAAUGACCUACGCUUCGUAGGCCGCAGCGGACGUGGAAAGAGCUUCACGCUGACCAUCACCGUGUUCACCAACCCUCCUCAAGUAGCAACGUACCAUCGAGCCAUUAAAGUCACCGUGGACGGACCCCGUGAACGCACGA